AAAAAGUGAAAGUUUUGAUAUGCUAAAUCAAAACACAGAGAUGAGUAAGUCUUCGAAGCUGUGACAAAUGGUGAUAACAUAUAUAAAACUGAAGAAAUAAUGAGCAGCUAGAAAUGAUGGACAAUUGCACAAAAAAAACAUAGGAUUGUAGAAAUCGCAGUUCGGCUUGUAUUGUAUUGGUAACAACAAGUUAAUCAAUUGUAAAAUCUCGUGACUGGUGAUGAUAACGGUCACGGUGAACAGGUAGCAGUAAUCGCCCACCUCUGGUUCCCCUUGUCAAUGUCGCAGGCAAAGGUUUUUGUUAUUUUUUUAUGUAAAUAUCAACAAAAUAUAGAAUGAGCGCGGAUGCAAGGAUCAAGGACAUGGCGCCAUCGCAGGACAUCAACGUUAAGGACAAGAAACGCGACGAAGACUUGGAUGUGGAUGUCAGCAAUUCGAAUGCGCAGCCAAGUACCACCGACUGGUUGAAUUUCUCGCAAUGGAUGCACUGCUUCUGCGUGGUCACCUUCGACUUGAAUCUUGGCCAGGCGCUGGAGCACGUGUAUCCCCCCGAGUUCAUGCCCAGCGACCAGGAGGUGAGCAACAUCUGCUACAUGGCCUUUCCGGACUCGAACUCCGGCUGCAUGGGCGACACCAAGUUCCACAUGCGAUUGCGCUGCACUUCACGGCGGGAAUCCUUGCCAGGAUACAAUGCGGAGUGCUCCCCGGCCUUGCGGCAGGAUAGUUCACACUACUGGGGCUUUGUCUACUUCCGGCAGAAGCGGGAUGCGAAUCUGCCGCGGGGUUACUUCCAGAAGAGCUUCAUAAUCAUUACACGGCUGCCGUUCUUCAAUCUGUACUACGACAUAUUGUCCCAGUUGGCGCCGCGCUACUUUGAGGAGGGCACCGAUGUCCUGCGGCUGGCCAGCGAUCAGAUCAACCGCCAGUGGCCUGGCCUGCGAGUGGGCAAUCCCCUCCAGCUGCGCCUGCUCGAUUGCAGCUACCAGAUCUGCAUUCCCCGCACCACCAGCAGUAGGAAAUCCACUGCCGAUGGUAACCCAAGCUCGGGCGAAUCGACGCCUGCCUUGGCCGUUUGUCCGGCGGCCAAAGUGCUCGCCUCCGUCAACGAAAUCGAGCUCUUCCGCUCCCUGGACUUUGUCAUGGAGCAACUGUACACGCUAUGGGAGCUCGUGAUCACCGCCGAGCCCAUUGUGGUGGUGGGCACCUCACCCGCCGACUGCUCGCACAUGGUGCAGACCCUCCUGGCGCUGAUUGCUCCGCUGGAGUACUGUGCCGAGGCACGACCCUACUUCACCAUACACGACAGCGAGUUCCGUGAGUUCACGCAGGAGUGCACCAACAAAACCACACUUCCCGCCUGCAUUUUGGGCGUGACCAAUCCGUUCUUCGUCAAACUGCUCAAGGAUUGGCCGCACAUGCUCAGACUGGUGGACAAUCAGAAGAACAUGCAGCAGCAACAGCAGCUGCUGAUGGGCCAAAAACACGCCAGGAACAUUGCAUCGGCUACCUCGUUCUCCAGCUCAACGGAGUUGGCUGGCAGAGCCCUUAAGUCCGGCGCGGGACUGAAUGGAAGCUCCAACAACGGUUCGGGAGAUGCCUCGUCCUCGGGACUGCACAGCAGAUACAAGCCGUAUCUGAAAAAGGACAAGGCGCUGAUAAAGAAGGUGCUGCUGGGCAUGAAGACCAAACGGCCGGAGCACGUGCAGACCGCUCUGAUACGACGCCAUCUGCUGGAGCUAACCCAGAGCUUUAUGAUACCGCUCGAGCGCUACAUGGGCUCGCUGAUGCCGCUGCAGAAGGACAUCAGUCCGUUUAAGUCGGCGCCGAAUGCCAGCAGCUUCAAGCUGGACGACUUUCUGGCCACUCUGGAAGCAGCUGGACCGCAGCUCACGUCGCCGCUGAAGGGUGACUGGAAGGGCCUGUACCGACGCUUCUUCCGGUCGCCCAACUUCCGCGGAUGGUACGAGGCGCGCCAUCGCGAGCUGCAACUAACGCUGCAGGACCUCCAGCUGCAGGCCCUGUCCGAGGCGAAUCUGGAGCACUGGGCCCACGACAAACAGGAGGUGGAGAUCAUCGACAUGAUACUCAAGCUCAAGCAUAAACUGAAUCUCUAUGGCGACAAGGCCACGCAGCUGGAGGGCAUCAAUGGCACCCAGCAGCAGAUACGGGCGCAAAUUGAGUGCAUGAAGGGCCUGCUGCCGCCGGAUCUCAAGAACGUUGUGAACCUCUGAUCUUUGCUGCGGCCAACUAGCUAAAUCAUGUCCCCUGCCAAUCCCUCUCCUUUUGGCUGCUCCAUAUCCGCCCAAGGAUUCCCGCCUGUCUGUCUGUUAUCCUGUGAUUGUGUGCCUGCGUGCGUUGAUUGUGGCUUUUUUUUUGCAAUCCUUGGGGGGAGGUGCUUUUUAUCAUUGUACAUAAGUUUUAUCCGGAGAUUAGUUGCUGUAUUUGUGUCUAGUUUAAUUGUAUCAUAAUCGCAAACAAACAAACAAAAAAGAAAACGGAAAGCAGAAGCCGAUGCCGAAAGAUGUUAGUAGAAGCCAAGUAUUAAAUGUAUCGAUGCGAUGCCCACUUCAUAUUUUCAAAUCUAUUCGAAACGUUUACAACUGCAAAGAUUCCCUAAAAACAAUGCUCACGCCCCUUAACUGUCUCAAAUAUGAAAGCUAUAAAAUGGUUCAACCUAUUCAAAUAAUACGAAUUUGUCUAACUGAAUUUUAAAAUUAACUUAAGAGUUUGUAUUUCAAAGAUUAUGAUUUGGUGGUCAUGCAUGUGGAAAACCUUUAAUGAAACCGCAACCUCGUCUCAAUUCCAAAAUAUUAUGGGAUGAACUACGUGAUUCAAAGCCAGUUCUUUCUACCAUCAUUUUGUUUCUUUUAAAAGUUGUUGUGAAACAUUGUGUAUCGUUUAAAAUAAAUAGUUUAUAAAUAUGACUGUCAAAUAUAAGAAAUCUAUACAUUACCUUAAA